AUGGCGAGAUUGCUACCGAUAAUUUACAAGCAUCCCGACGCCUAGCUGCCGCGAUGGAUUCAUCAACGAUAAAUUGCUGGUCCUUGUGUCCCGCUCCGGCUGUCUGUCUGUAACACUGAUUUCAGGUGAGCACCGGACGACAGAGCCAUGUUAGGGCCUAGUGCUUGCAGCCACCACUAGCAGCCCCUGGAGCCUCCUCGAAUCCCCUAAUGGGCAGCAUCCUCAGGGGUUCGCCCGGCGGCGGCAAAUCCACCUGCAGCGCUGCUGGGCCCCCCACCUCGCCCACCUUUUGGGCUCGACCUUUUCUGGCCAGUGGCGGGUGCGGCCUUCCGCGCUGGGCCUCGUCGCGACCUUCCCCACACAGCUGUUUCUCCAUGGCCCGCGACUUUGCGAGGUACGACGGUGAGGCGUCCCGAACGAGGACGCGCUACCUCACCGGCCAUAGUGCGCUGGGCGGCCCAGCGCGUACCCCGUCGUCCCCCCCAGUCGUGCUGCCAGGUACCGUCGCCCCAGCGCCUUGACCCCCCCUAUGCAUAAUGCAGAGGCUCCAGCAGCUGCAGUAACGGUAUUAGCAUACUGCAGCAGCCGCAGCCGCCCGCGGCAUCAGCCAGAGCCCAGAG